GCUACCUGCUGGCUUCUCUGGAGCUGGCCGCGCACCGUUAAGUCCGUUUUUCCUUAGUUGUGGAUGUGUAAGGCAGUUUUGGUGAGGCCGGGCGAGGUGGAGGAAUUGGUAAAAGGGGUGUUGAGAAGGCGUAGGGCACAGGCUUCCGACCAGGCGUGCGCUCUCUCAGGGGAUCCGAGAGGCCGCUCAGCCAUCAUCCCUACGGGUCCUGCCAGGAGCCAGUUUCCGUCGCGGAGCUCUGUUUGGAAAGGGUCCUUGCGUUUUCAAAAGGCUCCGUACAGUAGGUGAACUUUUUCCCUGAGGAAAGGAAUUCUCCUCCAGUCAAGUUCCCUGGACUCCAGCGCUGUGUCCUCCGGCUUCACGGACCUGGCGGUUUCGGCCUCAACCUUGAAUGAAGAGGAAUGGGGACUGCCACUUCCGUGGAGCUUCAGAAGCUGUCCUGAAGUGACCUGGGGUCAGGAAAGGCUUGUUCAAAUGCACAGCGCCAUCAGCCUCACAGGGAGAGUGGUAGCCAUUGUUUGCUCCCAUGUCUUUUUUUUAGAGUGACCCAGUCUACCUUCAUGAAGAAAAGACAAAGUCUGAAAAGAAGAUGACUGACUGGCUUUCAAAUUGUUACCAGGAGUCAGUGAUCUUUGAGGAUGUGGCUGUGGACUUCACCCUGGAGGAGUGGACUUCACUGGACCCAACUCAGAGAAAGCUGUACAGUGAUGUGAUGCUGGAGAACUUCCACAACCUGACCUGUGUGGGAUGUGAGCUCCUGAAACCCAGCCUCAUCUCUUGGUUGGAACAAGAAGAGUUAAGGACAGGGGAGGGAGGAGCUCUCCAAGAACGGAAAGUGGGACUUCAAACUGAAGGGUCAGCAUUUCAGCAGGAUUUUCUGAGGGGACAAACCUCUGGGGAGAUAUUCAUGGCCGGAGACCACAGUGGCACAGAACUCUGUGAAUGUAAGCCUUGUGAAGAUUUAAUCAGUGGGCACCAGUGCCUUAGGUCACAUACAGCAACUCAAAAUAAAGGGAGCACUUCUGAGUGUGAUAAGUAUGGAAUAGACAUCCUUUCUCUGCACAAGGAAAUCUCUUCUGGAGAGAAACUUUCUAUGUCAAAUCAGUGUGAGCCAACCUUCAGCGAGCCUCCAACUGUCCUUUACCCAGGAGGGUGCACUCAGGACCAACCCUUUGAAGGCAGUGACUGUGGGGAAGCAUUUGUUGAUCAAUCAGACCUUCAGACUGACAGUGGAAUACACAGUGGAAACAAACUCCAUGAAGUGAAGGAACAUGGGAUAAAUUUUCUUCACUCAAACAACCUUGCUAUACUGAUGCAAACUCACGAUGUAGAAAAACCCUACAAGGAUAAGGAAUGUGGAAAGGGCUUCAUGUAUUCUGCCUACCUUAAUAUUCACAUGGGAGCCCAUAAUGGAGGCAACCCCUAUGAAUGUAAGGAAUGUGGGAUUGUCUUUACAACAUCAUCUGAAUUCAAUGAACAUGUGAAAAAUCACACACUGGAGAAGCCCUUAGACUGUAAGUUGUGUGGGAAAUCCUUCAGAAACUCCUCGUGCCUUCAUGAUCACUUUGGAAUUCACAGUGGGAUAAAACCCUUCAAAUGCAAGGAUUGUGGGAAAGCCUUCAUUCAGAACGCAGAGCUCACGAAGCAUGUCCGCAUCCACACUGGAGAGAGACCCUAUGAGUGUAAAGAGUGUGGGAAAGCCUUUGCCAGAUCCUCCCGCCUUAAGGAACACAUGAGAACUCACACCGGAGAGAAGCCUUUUCAGUGUGUUAAAUGUGGGAAAGCAUUUGCUAUUUCCUCAAAUCUUAGUAAACAUCUAAGGAUUCACACUGGAGAAAAGCCUUUUAAGUGCAAGGCAUGUGGGAAAGCCUUUACGCAUUCUUCCGGUCUCAAUCAUCACAUGCAGACUCACAGUGCCAAAAAACCUUGCACAUGGAAUGUGGGAAAGUUUCCCACAUGUGUUACCUAUCACAUGCAAAUCUACACUGGAGAAAAACCUUAUGAAUAUAAACAAUGUGCGAAAUCCUUCAGGUUUCCCAAUUUAUUUCAGUUACAUGAAAGAGCUCGCACUGGAGAGAAGCCCUAUGAAUGUAAAGAGUGUGGGGAAGCCCUCAGUUCUCUAAAUUCCUUUCAGAAUUAUGAAUGAAGGCAUACUGAAGAGAUGCUAUCAAUGCAGGAGUUGUGGGAACACUUAAAGUUGUCCUAUUCACUUUGAAGACACAAAUGAACUCUGGGGAGAAACCUACAAAUGCAAGGCAUUUAGGAACAUCUUUAUUCCUAUCCAGGUUUUUACAAACAUAUAAGUGUUCAUAGUGGAAUUGAUUCUAUGUCAGUCAGGGAUGUGAAAAAAUUUUAUUGUAUUCUAAAUACAUUAAAAAUCUUGCUGGAGGAAAGCCGUAUGUAUGUAGAGAAUCUUGGGAAUUACAAACCUUAAUAUGCAUAUGUGAAGUUACACUGAAGAGAAAGUUUCAGAUUCAAACACUGUGGUUUCCCCUCCAGUUAAUAUUUUGAAGCCCUAACCCCUACUUCCUCACAGUGUAAGAGUACUUGGAUUUCACACGUUAUUAAAAUGCGGCUAAAAAGAAAUGAUGCUGAUAGAGUCAAUCUUCAAUACAACAUCCUCAGUGUGCCUGUGAGAAAAGUGAAUUGAAGUAUGGUGUAUUAUGCCUCUAAUCUCAGCAUUUUGGGAUGCUGAGGCAGAUGCAUCACAAGGUGAAGGCUAGCCUGGGAAAUUUAGUAAGAAUUUGUCUCAAAAUUAAAAAUAAAGGGUUGAGGAUGUACUUUGGUAAAAAGGCCUUGUGUUAAAUCCUCACUCCUGGGGGAAAAAAAGAAAAUGCAAGGGAGGGGACACCCAGAGCAGACCCAUGUGAAGAUGCCAAAAUGUGACUAUUUGCAAACAAGGACAGAAGUCUGGAACAGAAAUGAACCCUGCCCACAACUUAAUAUUGGGCUUUCAACAGAAGGGGAAGCCAAUAAAAUUAUUUCUUAAAAGCC